UGUCAGCUAACUUAGCUUUCCUAUAAGGGUCAGUAACACCUACUGCUGCUCCGUUAGUUGAGAGGUGAGGGCAGGACGCUCGCUGUAGACUCGGCACCGGAGAAGGAACAGGCAGUGAUGGCUGCAACUACUGCUCAGCCUAUGGGGAGCCUGCCCAGCGGACUGGAGAUCUGCACCACGGCCCCGGAUAUAUUUUACCUGCCUGAGCUGGUGUUUGGAGGCCUGGUGUGGAUCCUGGUGGCAUCGACCCACGUAGACCCUCCAAACCCUCUGGGCUGGGUGAUGUUUGUCUCCGUCUUCUGCUUCGUCAUGACCUUCCUGUGGAUGAUCAUCUUUGCUGCUGGCGGUCAUAAGAACAGCUCUGGCUGGGCUGCUGCUGACUUUGCUUACCACGGCCUGGCAGCGUUCUUCUACCUCAGUGCAGGGGUGGAUUUGGCGUACAUCACCAUUCAGAAUAAAGAAGACGUAUUCAAAACCUACCAGAUCGACAUCGCUGCUGUGGUGUUUGCCUUUUUGGCCACACUCCACUACUUCAUCCACACCAUCCUCUCCUCCAUCCGAUGGAAAAACUUCUGAAGAGCGACGCAGAAUCGCAGACUCGUGUGUCCGAGAAGUCCUGUGCAUCCUGUGUGUGUGUAUGUGAGCAUAUGGUGGAAUUACCCACGAGUGACAUCAAACCUCGUCAGAUUUAUAACGUAGGUUUUAAGCCCAAUUUUCGGACAUUUGAUAAUGUUUAGUGAAGCACCAUAAAACAUUAUUUCAAGCAUGCAGGAAGCAAAUGAGGAGCUGUACUGUAGAAAAGUAUUGUGUUCUUAUGAAAGCAAAAAAAAAAAAAAAAAAAAAAAUACCAUAAUGUCGAGAUGAUGAAACUGGGAAAGUGCUGUCAUUUUGUUAGACUCAAUUUAAAAUAGUUAUUUUCCCUUUUUUUCUUUUUUAAAUAC